AUGUCCAUACAUGGAACAUGUCCAAUCUUAUGCUCAUGUGGAUUCGAGCCUGAUAAUUGGGCAAAUUGGUGUGAGCAUAACAUAGCCGACUUAUACUUCUGUCCACAUUGCAAACAUCAUAAGUGUGAUACCUCCUGCAAACACAAGAUCGAAACCAAGGUUUGUAUUGGUUGUAAUCGAGAUUUCACUGGGACUCCGGAGCUGUAUUGUAACAGAAAUUGCUUUGUUUGUCCGUUGUGUUCGUCAAGAAUCAAAGUAUCUGCUUCAAAUGUGACAAGCGAGGACAAACCCGCAAAAUUGUUCAAGUUUGCUUGUGACAACUGCCCAUACACAUAUGAUACGGGAGUAGUCACUCGGCCACAACCCUUGCGUGCAAUUUUGCGGGGCCAGCUGCAAGUUUCAAUCACUUUUAGACAGUUCCAAAAGCAUUGGGUCGAAGACCAGUAUGAUUAUGGACAAAAGAUGUCGCCUGCGAGCCUUUCAAAUUUGAAAUUGUCAAAUAUAUCAAUCCCUCAAUCGGAGCUGAUGAAGUCUAUUCCCAUUGAUGAAGAUGAAGACAAGCAAGCACUGAAAAGUAUGGGUUCCAAAAUGCAAUUCGAUACAUCUCAACCAAAAACAACAUCCAACCUACAACCAUUAGCCCGGUUGCUCACUGCAUCUUGUUCUGUAUCAUGUUCCGAAUGCAAUCAUGCAUUGCUAUUACCCAAAGACUCGGGGCCUAGUCUCAAGUGGAAGGCAAGCGAUUACUAUCCAUCAAUCUCGGUGAUUCAAGACAAGCUUGACUUGAAAGUUGGUUCUUCGAACACAUUAUACUUUAGCAUUCAGAACCCGCUUUCUGAAGAUAUAAACGUCAGCAUUUCAUUUAACGAGCAUAUUCCCAAAACUUUCUUGAAGGAGGGAAGUAUAGUCACAGCUAUACCUGUCAAAAGUACCACGGUCACGGGAUCCCCAAAAGGGACCAAAAACAUACCCCGUCAUGAAACUCGUUCAUACUACCUAGAUUCCAUACCUCCUGAAACUGGUCCAGGAUGGUGCAUCCUUCCAUUGAUCGUCACAGUGGAAAAAUACGAACUGGACAAAGUGCAUCUUCAAAUCCCGGUGCAUUUUUCGAUCACCACCAGUCGGCCACUGACUGUUAAGGUAGCUGGUGAAUCUACCCAAAUUUGGAAAUAUGGUGCUUGGUACCUAUUAGAUUACGGAGUCUUCAAGGUCGAGCAAUCAGAAAUCUAA